AGAAAUAGCAGACGACAGUGCGCUGUGACUGUGUCUUCCAUCCGCUUUUGCGAUCCCUGGAUGUAAUAGUGGAAGAUUUACAGUUGUUUUAUCUUUUAUCGAAAUUGUUAUACGAACGAAAAAUUUACGAAUAUGGCUGAAAUAACAGAUUUCGGUCCAAGAAAGACGAUUUUUAUCUUAGCCAUUGUAGCCGGGUGUUUUGCGGUAUUAUGGCCGAAAAUUUUCUAUCCUAUGCUCACAGCAUCUGUCAAUCCACAUCACAUGACCGACAAUUCUGCAUGCUGCGAUGUAAUCUUUGAAAGUGAUGUUACUGCAGCUGAUAUUAUGUAUGAAAUAUGUCAAAAUAUAUUGAAACAUCAUCAAAUUGAUCCAAGAAUAAGAGAUGCUUUGAGAACUAUAAAAUUAACACCACAAAGUGCAAGUUUAUGUAGAGAAGAAAUUUUAGCUAGAUGUGGUAUAGAUUUAUCUACAUUUCUUGCUAAAAGAGAACAUCUGGAAAAAUCUUAUAAACAAGUUUUAGAAGAAAUAAGAUCAUUUAAUAGUUCUCUUUGUCUUAAAAUAAAUUUUGGUAUACCUCUUUCUCAACUAGGAACUCCACAUUUAAUCAGAUAUCAUAUUUUAAUGCCACACAAUACAAUAAAACAAGAACGACGUACACCUCCACAUGCAGGUGGUUUACAUCCUGCAUUGAGAGAACGUGGUAGAGCUAUACCUUCUUCUCAUAUUGUACCAAAGGUUUCAGAUAGACCUGAUCAUGUAGUGCCAAAAAUGAGACCACCUUUAGGUGGUGCAGGACAUGUUGUUCCUGCACCAAAAGGAAGUGGUACUAUGGGAAUUAUUAUGCCAUUGUAUACUUUAGGAAUUGUACUUUUUUUCUUAUAUACAAUUGUUAAGGUGCUGAGAAAAAAUUCGGAUAGUGAAAUUAUUUCAGAAUAUCCAGGUGCUGCAGCAGAAAAAGAAUUUCGAAAAAUGGUAUUCAGUCCUGAAGCUUUUGCUACUGCAAUGACUGGUGGUACAAUGAAUUAUCAGAAGGAAAGAUCUCCAUCCCCACAAAGACCUACUCCAACUUUAGAGGAAUUAAAAGACCAAGCGGCAGGAGACAUAGAGAUAGAUCAACUGAGACGCCGUUUGGUCGAGACAGAAGCAGCCAUGGAAAGAAUUGUUGUUCAGAUGGGCAACAUAUCACGUUCAGUUAUGCAUAGUCCAAACCCACAACAAGAAUUCAAGGACAAUACCAUUGCUCAGGUUCAAUAUAGUACAGCAGAUAAAGUAGAAAACAUAGAACAUUCACCAACUAUUAAAGUCAUGGGUAUGGAAAUGACAGCUAGUUGUGAGAAUAAGGGUAGUAGACCUACUACUCCUAUAAUUCCAAUUUCACCAAGUCAUAUUGAGAGGGAAAAAACACCACCAAAACCAAUAUAUUUAGAAGGUGCACUUCCUCCACAAUGUGAAUUGCUUGUAACAGAUUCAGAAACUCAAGCUCAGAAAGCAGAAGAGGAUGUAGAGGCACCUGUUGUACUUUCAGGCAAAAUGACUCUCUCUCUCAUCAGUCUCGACCAAAAUGCAGCUGAAAUUGAUGAAGAAGAUCAAGAAAAAAAUGCAAAUGAUGUAAGAAUCUUGAAUUCAAAAGAUACAGCAAAAGUAUUAAGUAUUAAAAAAAGUAAUAAAGAGGAAAUUGAGAAUAAAGAUAAAAUAAAAGAAAUUUACCAAGAAAAACAAAUAGAAAUGGAAGAAGAGGAACAGAAAAAAUAUUUAAUACAAAACAGGACAGAAAUAAAACCAAUUGGAUAUAAUGAAGAAAGAGAAAAAGAAGAAGUACAAGGAGUUGAAGAAACAAAAGAGAUUGAAGAGAUAGAAGAGAUUGAAAAAAAUGAAGAAGUAGAACAAUCUGAAGAUGAGAAAAAAGAAAAAGAAAAUGAUAAAACAGAAAUAGAUAGAAAUAAUGAAGAAAAUGAUAAAGAAAGUAAUAAUGUUGAACAAUAUAAUGAAGGAAGUGAAGAAGAUGAAGAAGAGGAGAAAGAUGAGAAAGAAACAGAGGAAAAGAAAGAAAAAAUAGAGGAAAAAGGAGAAAAGGGACUAGAGGAAAAUGGAAAAGAAAAAGAGAAUAAUAGCAAAAACAUAUAAAAAAUAUAUUAUAUUUCGUGUUAAAUCAUUGAAAAAUAUCAAAUAUACAGAAGAUAAUAAAACUUAAUAAAAUACAACGAAAUUAUAAAAAUUUGACGAGGAAAGUGAAAUUAAAUAGAUUAAAGAUGAGGAUUAAAGAUGAGGAUAAUGGGUUGCCUUACAAUGAAAAGACAGUUCAGAAUAAAAAUAAAAAUUAUAAUGACAAACAUUUGAUUAAAUCAGUGUUUACCAAUCUUUAAAAUUUAUGGAUUACAAUAAAAUAACAAAAUAAUUGACAAAAAUAAUCAUGAAUAAUACAAAUCUUGGUUAAGCACUGCCAAAAACCUAAUAUGAUAUAAGACUCGAAUUUAUUCUAUGAUUACAUUAUUGCCUAUUGUUUUUUAUAUUUCAUAGAAUCAAAAAUUUAUUAAUCAGCGGGGCCAAAUAAAAGGCAGUGUAUCGUGCACGUGUCUGAUUGAGUCAUUUUAUAAUGAUGACCACAGAAUUCAAGUACAGUCAAUAGGCACUAAAUAAUUACUGAUAUAACUGUGGUAUUAAUUCUAUAUUAUUGGGUAUGAUGAUUGGCAAGCACUGAUCUAUAAUGCUUGUACACAUACCAAUUAUUUAGUUCCAUUUUGAAUUUUUUUAUUUAUACAAAUUUUUUGUUCAUUUUUUAUUUAAUUUUAUAUGCAAUUCUCUGUGCAGUAUUUGAGUUAUAUUAAGAUUAGAAUUUUUUUAAUAAUGUAGUUUGUAAAACUAUUUAGUAUGUAGCAAUGUCAUUUUCAUACCUAUGUUUAAUUGUGCAAUUUUCAUAUUAAAUAUAAAUAUUCGUCAUUUUACUUGCUACACUUUAAGACAUUUGUUAUGUAUAUAAAAAAAAGAAAAAAAACCAAAAUACAAGUUGAAAUCAUAUUCAGUGUUGUGUAAAAAUAAAAAUUAGUUUAAUUGCAUGAUCUUCCAUAAUAAUGUUAAAAAUGAAUAAUAAUAAUUAAAUCGUUCAUCUUUUAAUAGUUAUUGUGAGAUGACAUUAUUAAUAUUGUUAUAUGAUGUCUAUAUGAGUAGAUAAUGUUAUAAUUGUGAUCAAAUAUAUUUUAAAAUAUUUUUACGUGAAAAAUGCCGAAUUAUUACAUUUUUUGUAAUAUGUAUUUUUAUUGACAAAAUGCAAAAUCAUAUAAAUGAUUUGUUUACUCUUUAUAGUUUUAAAAUUAUGCCUAGUAAUAAAAAUUUUAAAAAUAUACUUCAUUUAAAAGAAAUUUAAUGCAAUUAUUUAAUAUAAAUUUAAUAAAAAAAAUUUUUUUAAAAUAAAAUACUUUAAAAUUAUAAUUGCUUUAAAAUAAAUAAUUAAAUUAAUAUGCAAUGGAUACAUUUUGUAUUUAUUUAUUAAUAAAAAUAUCAAUUUAUUCAAAUCAAAACAUCACAAUAAUAAUAAUAAUAAUAAAUUAUAAGCUUGUAUUAUACAAGCUUAUUAAUUAUACAACAUUUAUACUAGAUUUAACAUUUAAUAGAAUUUUAUGUUCUAUCCGAAUUAAUCGCGAAAAAAUUACAAUAUUUAAUAUUUAUAGAUAUGAUAUAUUGAGCAUGUUAUAUUCUAUUUCUUUGAUAUAGUACUAUUUAGAAUACUGAGUCAAAUUGAGUCAAAAAAUUACAUUUAUUUCAAUCACAAAAAUUGUUAAAAUCAAUAAAUUUUAAAAAUAAUUUUUAGAUGUAUAUAAACAAGAAGAAAAAUAAUACGAAAAAGAUAGAAAUAAGUUAAAAAUUGAAAAUCAACGACAUCUCUAGAGUGCUAUAAUAAAAUAUAUAAGGUAAAAAAAGUAAAAAAUAGAAAAAAGAUAAAAAUAGAACGAAAAAUGGCUAUCUUUAACAAUAUUAAAAAGAUAAUACUGAUUUUCAAUUUUUUAUUUUUUUUCUAUUAUUUGCUCUCCUUAGUCCUAUCUUGGUUUAUGAUACUCUAAAGAUGCUGUUGAUUCCACAAUUUUUUAUUUUAUCUUUGUCUUUCUCUUGCUAUUUAUUCUCUUUGCGACAUUUCACCUACACAUUGUAAUAUAAUUAUAUAGAGAAUUAUAUCAUCUAUAUGUAUAACCAUACCUACGCACGCGUGCAUAUAUACAUAUACACAAUAUCAGUUUUCCAUCAUGUAUCACAAUUAAAUUACUUUGUAAUCUCUAUGUAUUUUGUGCCUACAACUUAAUAAACAAUAAGAUUUA